GUUGGGCAGCUCUCAGUUAGUUCGGAAGAGGCUCUGAUUUGGUUAAUGAUCUGGACGCUCUGCCUUAUCCCUCUGGUAAUGUGCCAAAUCUCUCGAGCCGAUUCCAUGGUGAACGUCACCGCAGCUGCAUGCACGAGGAACCCUGAGCUACAGUACUGUAAGGGGCCAGAGAGGAUGAAUGACGGACGUGACGAUCACAGGAAGGUUCUCUUUGAUCGGCUCAAACGGAUGGAAUUGGACAGGGAAACCAGUCACGUUGGCAUCAGAGCUCAUGACACACCACUGGCUGAAGAGGAUCGGAUCUGGCUGUCGAAAAUCGCUGAAGCAGUUGAAAGAUACAAACGAGAUCCAUUUUCUGACAUUGAAAGCACGAAAGCGCCUGAGAAAACAAACUCCACUUCCCAUAACGAUUCCGAUUUGAGAGAAAAGGAAACUGGUGGCAAUAAUGAUCAGGAACCUGAAGAAGGCUUUAUCCGUGAGGAAGAUCACAGCAGUCACCGGCAUCUCAAGGAAAAAGAAACCCAUGUACAUGUGGAAGAAGAUGCGGAUGAAAGUCAUGUUCCUCGUCAAAUAGAAGAAACGGAAGAGAGCCCAAGAACCCGAGAAAAGGGAGAGGGUUACUGUGAUCAGUACGAGCAGCACUUUUCCUUUUACUGUAUCGGAGACAUUGACCAUACUGGGCAGCACGAAGAAACCAUCUCCAAAUUCUGCCCGGCCUACAAAGCAGCCUGCCCGCAUAAGAAAAUCGCCUCUUCGGUUUCGUUGACAGCUUGGCCACGGAAUCCAUUCAAGAAGAAGGUUUACCUCCGUGUUCCUGUUGAGGAAAGCGGCAGUUCAUCUUAUGAGGAAGACAGUGAGGAGGAAGAAUUGACCGCUGAAGAGGAGGAGGAAGAGAGGAAAGCUGCAUACUACAAGGAGCUUAAGUAUGCACGAUACCACUACGCUUCACAAUAUAUUUACUCAAAGGCGGAGAAAGGGAAGACUGUCCCUGGUCCCCAUACGACCAAUCCAAAUCCGUAUAAUAUCCCCACGGGUGGCAUCCCCUCGCCUCCACUGGACUCAGUUCGGCUUGCUGCUGGUCGUCCUACGCAAGAGGAGCUUUAUGCUGACAAUCCCCAAAGUCUCCGUCCACUGGCUCAAUCAUCCAAUACAGUCGUCAUUCCUCCUCCUCUGCCAGCCUCUGCUAAACGCGAUUUCACUGAGCGAACACCAUAUACAGAAAAGCGAAGGAGAACGGGGACCGAGAGAAAUGUUCGAAAAUCUCAACACGAAAGCACUUAUCGUGCUAUGAGCAGCCGAGAACUCUACCGUACACUCAGGGCUCAGCAGGCUAGCACCCAUCCUGUGGUGCCAUCGGAUGCCUCCUUGGGCGAAGAUAACACUUUCAAGCAAUUUGAUGGCCUAACGGAUAGCGCUGGUAUUUUGCAUCGACCAAGAAGUCGUAGUCCUUUCACUAAGCCAGGCUUGUGGGAACCGAAUCCGGACGAUCCCCAUAAUCGGGAUCAUUCAAAUAAGUUCUUCUACUAUCCACGUUCAGUGACAGCAGAUUGGCUCAAUGGACAGAUCGCCUGGGGAGCCCAUUGGGCAGUUCCAGCGGCUGGAGUGGGUGGUACCGAUGGCUUCAGUACAGUUCAUUUCCCAACAAUCGGAACAUUCCUCAACAUUCCUGAUGACUACGAUUAA